AUGUCGGCUAGCAAGGCACUCUUAAGCCUGGGCAUCGCCUGUGCCGGUCCGGCCACCGGUCCGGGCUCGGGUAUUCCGUCGCUUAACGCUGUGGCCAGAUGCAUCAUUCCGGUCUGCCGGCAACUGCCGGUGUGGCUGGUUGUGAAUGCUCGGAAAAAGUUGGCUGGCACGAGACUGAAGAGUAUCUUGUUCAUGCAUGCAGGGUGCUGGGAAGGCCAGGCUCAGCAUGGUUGA